CGCUAUCUCUGUCAUUACAAUGUUGUUGUUAAUCCCUUGUGGAUAAGCGUGUCCAUCUACACCACUGCGUCCGAGGUGCUCAGAUGUCAGAUAUCGUUUGGCUGUGGGCCAAACAUGACACAUUUACACUGAUAAUUCGCCCAAUUAGACAUUGCGUGUUUUGUUUGAGUGAAUGCGUUUACCUUCCGCAACCCAAAACAAGUGUUUCUGAUCUGUGUGUCUUUGUGAACAGGCACACCGAUAGGAGAGCGCCCGCGAGAACUGGUAGAGGAUUACCGGCGCUUUAUGAACAUCAGUGUGCGAUUAUUCCCCACCGGUUUGAGAAGUGGAGUCCCAGCGUCAUAUCUAGAAACAGGGAGCUUGUAUCGAUCGCUUGCUUUAAAACCAUCACUCAUCGUCGGGUGCAGCUUCAUUACCGUGUGCACGAUCGUGCCGGCUGGUUUGUGCUGUGCUGUGUAUGUGAAUCGAGAGAAGAGAUGAAAAGGAAGGCAAGCGGCCUAAUGACGAGGCUGACCUUCAGCAUCGGUCUGAUGGCAACCCUGCUGUUGGUAAUCGGUCAUGCUGAGUCAGCAAAAAUUGUGUGCGUCUUUCCAACUGCGAGCAAGUCCCAUGUUUUGGGAGCACAGGCGCUGCUUAAGGAACUGGCCCAUCGUGGACAUGAGGUCACGAUGGUCAGUGCGUUUCCACUGAAGAAACCACCGAAGAACUACCGGGAUGUGUACGUGCCAAUUGAGAAUGCAUUUUCGUCCAUCAUGAACGACUUUAUGCAGGGAGGAAGUCGAAACAUGAUGAAACUGCUGCCGAAGAUCCUGCGAGCGGCACAGGAAUCAUCCAAUGUCACCAUCAACGCACCAGAGUUUCUUCGACUUGCCCGCGAGGAGCAGUUCGAUUUGGCCAUUGUAGGCUUUUUCAUGAACAGCUUUAUAAUUGGUGUCGGUGAGCUGUUUCGUUGCCCGACGGUUCUAUACUUCUCUGCUUCCGGUUCGGGUCUGACCAACGUUGUAGGCAACCCGGCCGAGGUUGCCGCAGUACCACACAUACUGCUGGGCCCACGAAACCCAAUGACAUUCUUCGACCGAGUCGCAAACACUGUACUGACUGGAGUGGAGAAGAUUAUGAUGAUGUACAUACGAUACACGGAACUGCCGUACUACAACUCAAACUUCCCCGCUGAAAAGGGCUUCCGAAGCUACGAUGAGGCCAUGCGGAAUGUAUCGCUCGUGCUGCUCAACACUCACUUCUCGCAAACCGUACCAAAGCCAUACAUUCCCAACAUGGUCGAGGUGGGAGGCAUUCAGAUAAACGUCAAGCCCGAACCGAUGGCCCAAGAUUUACAGCAAUUCCUCGAUGGCGCCGGCCGUGACGGGGCCAUCUUUAUUAGCUUUGGAUCUAAUCUGAAGAGUUCGACCUUGCGGCAAGACAAGCUGGAUUCCAUCCUGGCGAUGAUUCGUGGACUGAAGCAACGUGUCAUCUGGAAGUGGGACCAGGACGAAAUGCCCAACAAACCAACAAACGUGUUCAUCGGCAAGUGGUUGCCGCAGGAUGCAAUUCUAGCGCACCCCAAUCUGAAGCUGUUCAUCACGCACGGCGGUUUGGGCAGCAUCACCGAAUCGAUGUACCACGGUGUGCCGAUUGUGGGUAUUCCAAUGUUUGGUGAUCAGGACGGUAACGUCGCACAGGUCGUGAAGGAAGGAUGGGGGCUUUCGGUGAGCUUCGAUGAGCUGACGGAACCAUUGCUGAGUGGUGCUGUCCAGGAAGUGCUUCGUGAUCCCAAGUACCGUGACCACAUCCAGGGACGUUCCAUCCUUUACAAAGAUCGUCCAAUGGGAGCACUCGAAACCGGCGUCUAUUGGGUCGAGUACGUCAUUCGGCACCAUGGCGCGCCACAUUUACACUAUCAAGGUGCGGAUCUAAACCUGCUUCAGUUAGCAUUGUUGGAUGUGUUCGCGUUCCUCUUUGCAGUAUUUUAUGUCGUCUUCAAGAUUGUAGUAAUCGUAGGACGAAAAGUGAAGAAUGCCGUGUUCGGUGGUUCAAAAUCGACUCAAAAGACGGCGAAAAAACAGAAGAAAAAGUAGUGUCAUAAGAUGGCGGCAGCAGUAUUAAACUCCUCAUUUCGAUUACUUAUCCAUCACCCUUACAAAAGCCACGAUACCUCAUCGUCUGUGAGUGGUUCCAGCCGUUUGCACGACUAGAUGUACAAUGAAGUACGAAAUAAAUGAUGAAACAAACGCA